AUGCCGUCUGAAACGCAUUCAGGGCCCUCAGGGGCUGCUGCUACUGCUACUGCUGCUGCUUCAGGGCCUGUUGGGGCAGACACCGAAGAAGAAGUCUUCUGGGCAGCAUAUGAUGCGCAGCUAUUUUCACGAGUCAAUCCGCAGCUGCUGCAGCUGCUGCAGCAGCACCAGCAGCAAAGUAAAGAAUUCCUAGACUUCGCCAUCCCACUCCUAGAAGCACGGAACAGGCGCCGCAGACAGCUGCACCAGCAGCAGAAACAGCAGCAGCAGCAGCAGCAGCAGCAGCAGCAGUUCGAGGUGCAGACAGCGUCGCUGAUUCUGUCUCCUGAGGAUUUGCAUGCAUCAGAAGGAGACACUCCGCUGCACAAGGUUGAGGAAGAUGAGGAGCAGCUGCUGCUGCAGCUAGAGAAGCUGCAGCAGCAACUCCAGGAGGAACAGAAGAGACACCAGAAACAGCAGCAGCAGCAGCAGCAGCAACAGCAACAGCAGCAGCAGGCAGCAGCAAACACCAGCGUUGGGCAGGCCCACGCAGCAGAAGAGCGGAAGCCAGCGGAUUCCAGCAGCAGCAGCAGCAGCAGCGCUGAUCCGAGCAGAUGCGUGGCUGGUGGUGCAGCAGCAGCAUCAGCUGCAGCAGCAGAACAGAAGCAGCAACGGGAGGCUUCUUCUCCCGGCCAGAAGGAGCAGCGGCAGGAUGGAGAAGAAGGGCAGCAGCAACAGCAGCAGGAGAAGCAGCAUCAGCUGCAGCAGCCUCCAGGCGUUGCUGCUGCUUCGAGCGAGGAUGGCAGCAGCAGCAGCAGCAGCAGCAGCAGCGACAGCGUGGUAUGUGCGGAGACAAGUCUGUUUUCCUGGCUUCCCGUGUCUCACUGCCCUUCUCUGCUGUCGCUGCUGCAUCAGCAGCAGCUGCUGGCGCAUGCACCGUAUCAGACUAGAGACACGGGUAUGGCGUACAGAGAGACAGAAGCAGGAGGUUUAUCUUUAUUAGAUUUAGUUGCAAAGAAGAAGCCUGCUGCAGCAAAGAGACACCAGCAGCGCAGAGGGGGAGGCCGCAGCUGCAGCAGCAGCAGCAGCAGCAGCAACAGCAGCGGCACCAGCAGCAGCGGAGGCCAGCGGACCGGCGGCACCAACAACAACAGGGGGGAUGCGUCUGCAACAGCAGCAGCAGCAGCAACACCUUCUGCUGCUGCUGCUGCUGAUGCAGAAGAUGAAGCAGCAAGCGGCCCUACCUUCGAUCCUCUCAGCAAUAAGAAGUGGGAGGGGCAGCGGCUGCCUCCGGUGUACAUACACCGGGGGCCUGAUGGUGCUGUGCUGUCGCUGCUGCUGCCUUCAGGUGUCACUGCAGCAGACUUCCCUCCUGAGCUCGACAGCUGCUCCAGCAUUGAUGAACUGCUGCGCCUCGUUGCUGCUGCAGCGCAGCAGCAGCAGCAGCAGCAACAACAACAGCUCCCGAACGCAGCAGCCGAAGGCACCACCAACCCGCCUGCUGAUGGUGUUAAGGUAGAAUGGGAUCAGCAGCAGCAGCAGCAGCAGCAGCAGCAGCAUGGGGAUGCAGCAGCAGCUACAGCACCACGCAGGCCGCUGCCGCUGCCGCAGGUUUUGAGCGGGCCUACGGCGGUCUGGCUGUCUCCCCCUGCUGCAGCAGGAGCAGCAGCAGCAGCAGGGGCAGCAACAGGGGAACGUGAAGGCAGCAGCAGCUCAGCAACAACAACAGGCGCAGCAGCAGCAGCAGAUAGCAGCAGCAGCGGGGAGGAGGAGACAGUGCUGCCUCUUUACUCUCAAGCCUACCUGGACAGUCUAGACACCGGAAGCCGCGCUGCAGUUUGGCAGCGUGUGGGGAAGGAGCAGCAGCAACUACAUCAGCAGCAGCAGCAGCAGCAGCAGCAGGAGCAGGAGCAGGAACAGCAGCACGAUACCGAGCUGAGUUCUGCUGCUGCAGCAGGUGCUUCUGCUAACGAUGCAGUGGUGCUGCCUCAACGCCCUUCGCAUGUACUGCCUCCUCUCUUUUGUUACUGGGGUCAGGGAGAGCGGAGCCCGCAGCAGCAGCAGCAGCAGCAGCAGCAGCAGCAGCGGGUGUCUCCUUUCCCCCCUGCAGCAGCAGCUACCUGCCCAGAAGACGCAACAAAGAGAACAGGCGUCCCUCUAGUGUUGGAUUAUAAUAAAGAGAAAGGUCUGCUGCUGCCGCUGCUGGGGUUUGAGGAGCUGCACCGACAGAUGCAUCGGGUCAGCACUGCAGCAACAGCAGAACCUGCAGCAGCAGAACCAGCAACAGAAGCAGCAGCAAAACCAGCACCCGCAACGACAGAUGGAAGUGCAGCAGCAACGGAAACAGCAGCAGCAGCAUGCGCAGCAACAAAUGAAAACGAAGCAGCAACACCAGCAGCAGCAGAUCCAUCACCAGGGUCAGCAGCGGCUGAAACAGCAGGAGCAGCAGCUGCUGCUGCUGACGCUGCUGCUGAUCAUGAGGGGAACGCCUUGCGGUCGUCUCCAGUGUCUACGAGUGCAGGCGUGCAGCAGCAAGAGCAGCAGCAGCAGCAAGAGCAGCAGCAGCAGAAGCAUGAGCAGCAGCAGCAAGAACAGCAGGAAGUGCAGCAGCAACAAGAACAGCAGCAGCAUGCGCAUCAACAGCAAGAACAGCAGGAAGUGCAGCAGCUGCAUGAACAACACCAGCCGUCAGAACAACAUCAGCAGCAGCAACCAGAGCAGCAGCAGAAACUGCAGUGCGGGGAAGCCAUGCAGGUGGACGGCGAAGGGCAGCAGCAUCAGAGGGAUAACGACAGAACCGAGGGGCCACAGCAGCAGCAACAGCAGCAGCAAGAGCAGCAGCAAGGCCCGCAGCAGCAAGAGCAGCAGCAAGAGCCGCAGCAGCAAGAGCAGCAGCAAGAGCUGCAGCAGCAAGAGCAGCAGCAGCAGGAUGAAAGCGACAUGUGGAUGGAGACAGAAGCAGAAAACCUGACGUGGCGUCUCGUUCGUCUGGCGACUGAAAAACGGCACAUCCUGAAGGAUCUGUUGUCGGCGGUUUCUGCUGAGAAGCGGCCUGCGCUUCAGGAAUGGGCACAAGUUGAAGAGAAGAUGAUGCAGUAUUACAUUCAGCAGUCUGCUUCGCAUGCACUUGAAAGCAGACAUACAUACACUUUAGCAGAGCAGUCUCUCGAUGUGCUGCGGCUGCGCAUCACCUGCAGCAGCAGCAGCAGCUUGCCUCCUGCUUGGGCAGAGAGAGCUUUAUGCAUGAUAUGCGGCAGCGGCGAGGACUGGGAGGAAGACCCUAUUAUAUUUUGUGAUGGGUGCUAUACUCCUACACACUUUCUUUGUUUAGGCUGCAGCAGCAGCAGCUUUGAUGCUGCUGUUGCUGCUGUUGCUGCCAAACGUAGAAGAAGGGCACUCGAAGCAGGCGGAGACAAAGGACUGUCUCCUGCUGCUGCUGCUGCUGCUGCAGCAAAAGCAGCAAACAGUAACAGUAACAACAACAACAGCAGCAGCAGCAGAAACGCGAACUCGAACGCCGUCGGCGCCAGCAGCAACAGCCGCAACAACAACAGCAGCAGCAGCCGCAGCAGCAGCAGCAGCAGCGAGGAUCGGCGACCUGUUGGUGGUGCUGGGGGGUUUGCUGCUGCUCCUGAUGCAGAGGAGUGGCUGUGCCCUCUGUGCGCACAUCUAAGGAAGCAGCUGCCUCUUCUAGAUGAAGAGACAGCUCUUGCUGCUAUUCGGCUUGCUGCUGCACCUCGUACAGCAGCAGCAGCAGCAGCAUGCAUGCAAGCAAGCCACAGCGACUGGGGGCAAGAAAAUCUUGAGGCUCUUGAGCGUUAUUCUCCUCCUCUUCUCUUAGGUCUUCAGCAAGGAGAUGGGUAUAAGCCUAAAAACUUUAAUCAUAGACGUGCUGCUCUCGCGCAGUACAACAACCCCACCUUGUUCCCAUCUGUGCGUGUAGAUAAAGCAGUAGUUGCUGCUGUUGCUGCUGCUGGCGCUGGUGCCGGUGCAGCUGCUGCGGGCGGGGCAGCAGGAGACCCGCUGCAGCAAACGGAGGCACCGAUGGAGGCUUCUGCUGCUGCGGGAACUGCUGCUGCUGCUGCAGCAGAAGCACCACAACCAGCAGCCGAUAAAGACCGCAACAAGAAUAAAGCAGGGGCAGCAGACUCAUCAGACACAAGCACAAGCAGCAGCAGCAGCAGCAACAGCAGCAGCAGCAGCAGCAGCGUGUCUGCGAAUCCUCUAGAUUAUUUGCGGCAGAUCCCUCUUUGUUUUUCAGAUUCAGAAGACGAAGAGAUAAAUAGCGUGGAUGGUUCAGCAGCAGCAGCGCAGCAGCAGCAGCAGCAGCAGCAGCGUGGUGUUGGGGGAAGUAAAGGUGGUGGGCAUCAUAAUCAGCAUCAGCAGCAGCAGCAGCAAGAGGAGGAGCUGCUGCAGAGCAAUAAAUUCUACAGCAAAGAUCCUCGCCUAAGGUGUAUUGUUCAAGUGUCUCCUUUGAACGGUCUCCUCAUUACUUUGCGUCUGCCAGUCUGCUGUCUCUGCGGUUUUGACGGCUAUUGCCCUGGUGGUGGGCCUAUGAGGAAGACAGAUAAGAUAUUGCGGCGUUUUCAAGCGAAUAGAGAAAAAGAAAGAGUGAAGACACGCGUGCAAGAUCUACCAGGGGAGACAGAUUUAAACAGAAGGAGACUCUGUCUAGACACCGCAGAUCUUCUCUUCGCCACGCCGCAGCAAACUGCUGCAGCAAUUCAGGACUUACUCCCUCACCAGCAGCAGCAGCAGCAGCAACAGCAGCAGCAGAACUGCCUCGAGCGGCGCAAGGAACAGCAAGAGGAAUCCGAAGGGAAGCAGCACAAGAAGCCUAAUGCAACUGCUGCAACAGCAGCAGCAGCAGCAGCAACAGCAGCAGCAGCAGCAUCAGCGGCUGCUGCUGCAGCAAGUCCCAAGGAAAGCAAAGGUGCAGCAGCACACUCGAAGCCUCCAAGCCCCACCGCGAGAGACAAAAAAGACGGAGUAGAGAACAGCCUGCUCACCAGGAGAGGGAAAGCAGCAGCAGCAGCAGCUGCUGCUGCUGCUGCUGCUGCACGAAAGUCUCCAGGAACAUCCACUGCGCCAGACGAGAAGGAGCGACAGCAGCCGCAGAGGCGCAGCAAAAGCCUGCGGAACAAACAGCAGCAGCAGCAGCAGCAGCAGCGCCAGCAGCAGCACGCCCGGUCUACAGCGAAGCUGAUGAGGAGGGCUUCAGUUGAGGGGGAUGACAGCUGCGAGGAGACAGAAAAUUUGCUGUCUCCUUCGAAUGCUGAUUGUGCACUUGCUGACCCAGCAGGAGCAGCAGCAGCAGCAGGUGGAGGUGAAGAGACACCUGAAGUUGCAGAGGUUGGAGACGCAGGAGAAGCAGCAAGGAUAGCUGGCUGUCUCUUUGCUGCAGCAGUACCUGCAUUUGUAUGUGACGAGAAAAUAUUUCAGUGUCUCUUUUUGUCUUUAAAAGGAGACAGUGCAGACGAAGGAGACGCUAGGAUCCCAAAGACAUAUAAAGAACUCCUCAACCAUCAACGGCUGCUCUCGCGCUGCUGCUUGCUGCAGGCAUUUGCGCUGCUGCUUGCUGCAUGCGGCGUGAGGGCAGACAGCAGCAGCAGGAAGCAGCUGCAGCAGCUUGCUGCAGCUGUACGAGAUUUGAGUAUCGAAGAUACGGCAGCAGCAGCAGCUACUGCUGCUGCUGCUGCUGCUGCUGCAACGCCCACUGCAGCCACCCCUGCUGCUGCGGGGACUCCACCAGCAGCAGCUCUCAAGAACGGCAGCAGCAGCAGCAGCACCGGCAAGUCGGGUCUUGCAUCUGGGAAGCCUUCUGGUCCAGCGACAGCAGCAGGAGCAGCAGCAGCAGCAGCUGCUGCUGGUCCUCUGCACUCUCAGCGCAAGGCUCCUGCAACAGAAGGAGGGGGGAGAGCAGCAGAGACGAAGCUUGCUGCAUUAUCUCGCCUGUCUCUUUUGAAUAAAACUGCUGCUUGCUCUCUCUGCGGGCGUACGGGCUCUAGCUGGUCGCAGCAGCAGCAGCAGCAGCAGCAGCAGCAGCAGCAGGGGCACGGCGAGCAGCUGCAGCGGUGCCAGGUAUGUAAUGUGAAAGUCUGCAGGAGCUGCUGGGGGGCCGUGGAGAGACAGCCGCUUAGCGCGUCUCUCCUGAGCGAAGCAGCAGCAAGAGCGGUGAGGCUGCAGCGCCGACGUGCGUGGAAAGACAGCAGCGCGAAGCAACCAACAGCAGCAGCAACAGCAGCAGCAGCAGCAGCAGCAGCAGCAGGAGGGGCAGGACAUGGAGAUGAUGCCAGCGGGCCUGGUGAAGAGACAGCAGCAGAUGCAUGGGUAUGUCCUCGCUGUGAGUGCUUCCUCUCUGGCGACUUACCUUCUGUUGCAGCAAGCCGCUGUCUUCUCUGCAGCAGAAUAGACGGUCUGCUGCUUAAAAGGGCUGAACAGAAAGCCUCAGGGAGCAGCAGGGCUCCUCACCCCACAGAUCCUUUGUAUGGGGAGAGCCAGUGGUUUCACUCUCUCUGCGCUGAAGCCCUCGUCCCUCCUCGGUUUGCUGCGCUGCCGACUGAGUCGUUGCGAAGUAUAGCAAGGACAGCCUUCGAUAAACCCUGCUGCUACUGCGGACUACAGCAAGGCGCAACAACCAGCUGCAGCAGCAAUGGGAACGGCAUCCGCUGCUCUUACGUGUUUCAUGUGUCUUGCGCGCGUGUGCUUGGCUGCCGGAUGGAGGGGCACCACGGGACAGCACACAAACUGCAGUGUAUACAUCAUUCGAUGCAGAUGCAGACGAAGGGGCAGCCUACUACAAACAAGGCUCCUGCAACAGCUAGAGCAGCAGCAGCAGCAGCAACUGCAGCAGCAGAUACCAGACUGGCGAAGGGGGGCCCCACACUCUUCAAGAAUACCGACCCCCUAUUUCUUAUCGCCUCUAAUCCUAUUGAUUACUUACAGCAUAACUUUCUUCCGGGGGUUCUUCUGGCUGGGGCGCCGCAGUUAAGGCCCUCGCGCACAGGAGCAGCAGCAACAGCAGCAGCAGGCGGAGCAGCAGCAGCAGCAGGCGCAACAGCAGCACCAGCAGCAGCGUCCACAGGAGCAGCAGCAACAGCAGAAAGCAGUAGCGAGGACAAAACUAUGGAGAACGGGAAGGGAGGAGGGCCCCUCUCUGCUGCAGCAGCAGGAGCACCUGCAGCAGCAGCAGCAGGAGCACCUGCAGCAGCAGAAGCAGAUUCUGAUGAUGACUUUGAGGGCGGCAGCAAAACGCCAGCACCUCCCUCUCCAAUGCAUCUGGCAGAGCAGCGGGAGCUGCUGCAGCUAACCCGGGUUGUUGCUGCUGAGGCACAGCGAAAGAGAGGAGGCGAGGAGGCCCCUCUCUUUGCUCACGCAGCAGAACCAGAACCAGCAACAGCAGCAGCAGCAGAAGCGGAAGCAGCAGCAGCAGCGGAGGGAGGCAGCAGCAACCAAGAGAAUCUGCUGCUACCGCGAGCGAAGCAAACCGGCAGUCCUAACAAACGCUCUUGGAACUUGUUAGACGCAGCAGACAACGAACAGCAAGCUAAGCGGAGACGCGAAGACAACACAGCAGCAGCAGCAGCAACAGCAACAACAGCAGCAGCAGCAGCAGCAGGGCCCCGCAUGCCAAGGCCUCCCCCACCGCAAGUAUCAGCAUCUGCUGCACUGCUUUCUGCGCAGUGGUAUGGGGGUGCAUGCGGCAGUUUGCUGCCUUUGGGUGUCUCCUCUUCGGCUGCAGCAGAAGAAGCAGCGCCACAGCAGCAGCAGCAGCAGCAGCAGCAGCAGCAGCAGAACUCCGCGGACACCUCAGCAGCAGAAGAUGCAGACGCAAAGCCUGUCUUCUGCCCCAUAUGCAACGGCCUUUAUAAAGAACUGCCGGGGGGCGGCCCUGGAGACGGUCUGCACUGGAUUGGCUGCGACUGUUGUUUGCAGUGGUACCACUGGCUGUGCUCGGGGUAUACAGACGAUCAGCCGCCUCCAGCAAACGAAGACUGGUAUUGCUACUUCUGCUCAACGCGGGUGCGCGCUGCACUCGAGAAGAAGAACAGAGAGAAGCUAGCGGCGAAGGCAAAGCAGCAGCAGCAGCAGCAGCAGCAGCAGCAGUUGCAGCUGCAGCAAGUUCAUAGUGCACCGCCCAAGAAAGUCCACGCAGCAGGAGGGGCUCCAAGCGCUGACUUUGAGGUGUACGUACACCACAACUACUCAGUAGAGCAGCGGCAGCAACAGCAACACCAGCUGCAGCAGCUGCAGCAGCUGCAGCAGCAGUAG